UCCAUCUGCCUGCGUCUCGUUCCUAAGUGUCCCCAACAUUCACACAGGCAUCUUUGUCACCCGGAGUGUCCCCGGAGUGUCCCUGGAGUGUCCCAACGGCAUCCCCAGAGUGUCCCCAGCUGCCAUGGAGCCCCCUGAGCUGUCCCCAGCCCUGCUGCAGCCACAGGUCACCAUGGUGGCCAUCCUGGGCGAGCUGCUGGACACUCUGCCCAGGCAGGAUGAGGAGAUGCUGUUGCUCAGGUAUUCAGGGAGACUGUACCAGGACCUGGAGGACUUCACCAGGGACCUCCGGGUCAUCCUGUACUGCACUGAGGGCACCUGGUGGCGUUGCAAUGUCACCUCCGAUGGUGAUGACCCUGUCACCUUCCUGAGCCAGGGCCUGGCUGCCUUCAAGAGCACCCCAGGGACCACCUGGACCCAUGUGACAAUGAUGGCCAGCAAGUGGCAGCGGUCGGUGUAUGUGCUUGUGGACAGGUGGGCCCAGCUGGCCAGAAAGGCCACCAAGCUCCACAACAGCUGCAGGAUGGCGGUCACCAAGGCGGCUGCCUUGUCAGCCGCCACCCGGGCCAGGGAGCUGAGGACGAGGCUGCCCAUUAUGGGACAGCUCAGGAAAAAAUGGAGGAGUUGGGUCAGGUCCUGCACGGGGAAGGAGGGGCCAGAGGUGGAGGUCGGGCGUGAAGCCCAGGUGAGGGAACAGGCCAUGUUGGCUGCCAGCGAGGCAACAAGGGCCACCAUGGUGAGACAGCGGCUGGAGGCCGCCCUGGGGCUGCUGGAGCGCUUGGUGGCCGCGUGUGACGAAGCCACUGCCUUCCCCCGGGAGCUGCAGUGGCGGCUCAGGGACACUGAGACCACCCUGGAGGGGACAAAUGAGGCAUCCCCCGAUGUCCCAGAGGACUUGGUGGCCAAGGUGGCCGAGGCCGAGUGGCUGUGGGAGGCCAACGCCCGCCUGGUCAAGGAUCACCUGCUGGGGGCAGUUGAUGACAUCAUCAAGUUCUAUUUCAAUGGUGCUCCCACCAGCCCCAGUGCCUGUGGGGUGGCCAAGUGGUGCCAAAGAGCCAUCGAGGACAUCCCAAGGCUCCUUCAACCUCCAGAGAGUCCCCAAGGUGUCCUCAAGAUCACCCCAGUGAGAAUGGAGCUACCAGAGCUGUCCCCGGCCAUGCUGCAGCCACAGGUCACCGUGGUGGCCAUCCUGGGUGAGCUGCUGGCCACCCUGCCCAGGCGGGACAAGAUGAAGCUUGUGUCCACAGUGGACCUGUACUGGGACAUUGUGAACUUCACCAAGGACCUCCGGGUCACCCUGUACUGCAUUGAUGACACCUGGUGGCGCCACAAUGUCACCUCCGAUGGUGAUGACCCUGUCACCUCCCUGAGCCAGGUCCUGGUCACCUACAAGAGGACCCCAUGGACCCCCCAGAACCGUGUGACAAUGGCAGCCAGCAAGUGGCAGCGGUUGGUGGCCACGCUCGUGAACAGCUGGGCCCGGCUGGCCAGGGCAGCCACCAAGCUCCACAAAUCCUUCAUUGAAGUGGCUGCUGAGGCGGUUGACAGGGUCACCCUGGCCAGGGAGCUGCAGGACGAGGCUGCCCUUGAUGGGACAGCUCAGGAAAACAUGGAGGAGCUAGGUCAGGCCCUGGGCAGGGAGGAGGGGGCCGAGGAGGAGGACAGCUAUGAACUCCAGGAGAGGAUGGAGGCCAUGUUGGCUGCCAGAGAGGCAACAAGGGCCACCAUGGUGAGACAGCGGCUGGAGGCGGCCCUGGGGCUUCUGGAGCGCUUGGUGGCAGCGUGUGAUGAAGCCACCACAUUCCCCCGGGAGCUGCAGCGCAGGGUUGGGGACAUCGAGGCCACCCUGAAGGUGGCAAAUUGGGCGUCCCCUGAUGUCCCAGAGGACUUGGUGGCCAAGGUGGCCGUGGCCGAGCAGCUGUGGGAGGCCAACACCCGCCUGGUCAAGGAUCACCUGCUGGGGGCAGUUGAUGACAUCACCAAGUUCUUGUUCACUGGUGGUCGCACAAGCCCCAGUGCCUGUGAGGUGGCUGAGCAGUACCAAAGAGCCAUCGAGGACAUCCCAAGGCUCCUUCGACCCCCGGAGUGUUCCCAAGGUGUCCCCAAGGUGUCCCCAGAGAGCAUGGAGCUCCAAAAGCUGUACCCAGCCCUGUUGCAGUCACAGGUCACCGUGGUGGCCACCCUGGGCGAGCUGCUGGCCACCCUGCCCAGGUGGGAUGAGGAGAUGAUGAUGCUGCUCGAGUCCCCAAUGUGUCUGUACAGUGAACUGCUGGGCUUCACCAGGAUGAUUGGUUGGACCCUCUAUGACAUUGAUGAUGCCUGGUACCACCACAAUGUCACCUAUGAGCAUGUACGUCCCACGUCCCUGAGCCGGGCCCUGGCCGCCUACAAGAGCACCCCAUGGACCUCCUGGUUCCAUGUGAGAAAGGUGGCCAAGAAGUGGCAGGAGUCGGUGGAUUGGCAUGUCGACAGCUGGGCCAGGCUGGCCAGGAAGGCCACCAAGCUCCGCAAUGCCUUCAGGAUGACGGUCACUGAACUGACUGACAAGGCGGCCACCAACACCGCCUGGGCCAGGGAGCUGCAGGACGAGGCUGCCUGGGAUGGAACAGCUCAGGAAAACAUGGUGGAGCUGGGUCAGGCCGUGUACAGGGAGGAGGGGGCUGAGGUGGUGGCCGGGCUUGAAGCCCAGGUGAGGAGAGAGGCCAGGGUGGCUGCCAUUCUGGCCACUAGGGUAAGCAGAAGGAGACAGCGGCUGGAGCCGGCCCUGGAGCGCUUGGUGGCCGCGUGUGAAGAAGCCGCCGCAUUCACCCGGGAGCUGCAGCGCAGGGUUGGGGACAUCGAGGCCGCCCUGAAGGGGACAAAUGAGGCAUCCCCCAAUGUCCCCGAGGACUUGGUGGCCAAGGUGGCUGUGGCCGAGUGGCUGUGGGAGGCCAACGCCCGCCUGGCCAAGGAUCACCUGCUGGGGACACAUGACUACAUAUACAAGUUCUAUAUCGAUGGUGAACCCACCAGCCCCAGUGCCUGUGGGGUGGCCGAGCGGCGCCAAACAGCCACUGAGGACAUCCCAAGGCUCCUUCAACCCCAAGAGUGUCCCCAAGGUGUCCUCAAGAUGUCACGAGGGAGCAUGGAGCUACAAGAGCUGUCCCCAGCCCUGUUGCAGCCACAGGUCACCGUGGUGGCCAUACUGGGUGAGCUGCUGGCCACCCUGCCCAGGCGGGACGAGGAGAUGCUGCCUGUGUCCCAAGGGCGACUGUACUGGGACCUGAUGGACUUCACCGAGGAGCUCUGGGGCAGCCUGUAUGAUAUUGAUGAUGCCUGGUGGUACUGCAAUGUCACCAACUACGAUGACGGCCCAGUCACCUCCCUGAGCCAGACCCUGGCUGCCUACAAGGGCAUCCCAGGGACCGCCUGGGGUGAUGUGACAAUGGCAGCCAGCAAAUGGCACAGGUCGGUGGAUGUGCUCAUGGACAGCUGGGUUCAGCUGGCCAGGAAGGCCACCAAGCUUCGUGACACCUGCAGGAGUUUGGUAAAUGAGGUGACCGACAGGGUGACCACCGCCACCACCCAGGCCAGGGAGCUGCAGGACGAGGCUGCCCAUGAUGGUGCAGCUCAGGAAAACAUGGUGGAGCUGGGUCAGGAUCUGGGCAGGGAGGAGGGGGCCUGGAGGGAAAGAGAGUUUAGCGAUCCUGCCAAUUAUGGGGCAGCUCUCGAAAACAUGGUGGAGCUGGAUCAGUCCCUGGGCAGCGAGGAGAGGGCCUGGGAGGGGGUAGUGGCCAGCAUUCCUGUCACCCAGGCAACAAGGGCCACCAUGGUGAGACAGCGGGUGGAGGUCGCCCUGGGGCUGCUGGAGCGCUUGGUGGCCGCGUGUGACGAAGCCUCUGCGUUUCCCCGGGAGCUGCAGUGGCAGCUCGAGGACAUCAAGACCACCCUGGAGGGGAUAAAUGAGGUGUUCCCCAAUGCCCCCGAGGACUUGGUGGCCAAGGUGGCCAAGGCUGAGUGGCUGUGGGAGGCCAACGCCCGCCUGGCCAAGGAUCACCUGGGGAAGGCACUUCAAGACAUCAUCAAGUUCUAUAUCGAUGGUGGUCCCGCCAGCCGCAUUGGCUGUGGGCUGGCUGAGCGGUGCCAAAGAGCCAUCGAGGACAUCCCAAGGCUCCUUCGACCCCCAGAGUGUCCCCCGAGUGUACCCAAGGUGCACCCAGUGAGCAUGGAGCUCCAACAGCUGUCCCCGGCCCUGCUGCAGCCACAGGUCACCGUGGUGGCCAUCCUGGGUGAGCUGCUGGCCACCCUGCCCAGGCGGGACGAGGAGAUGCUGCCCGUGUCCACAGUGAGCCUGUACUGGGAGGUGGUGGACUUCACUGAGAGCCUCUGGGUCACCCUGUACUGCAUUGAGGGCACUUGGUGGUGCCGCAAUGUCACCUACGAUGAUGGUGACCCUCUCACUUCCCUGAGCCAGGCCCUGGCUGCCUAUGACAGCACCACCUGGACCAACUGGGACGAUGUGACAAUGACAGCCAGCAAGUGGCACAGGUCGGUGGAUGUGCUUGUGGACAGCUGGGCCAAGCUGGCCAGGGCGGCCACCCAGGUCCACAACACAUGCAGGGAGGUGGCCACUGAGGCGGCCGACAGGGUGGCCACCGCCACUGCCCGGGCCAGGGAGCUGCAGGAUGAGGCUGCCCGUGAUGGGACAGCUCAGGAAAACAUGGUGGAGCUUGGUCAGGCCCUGGGCAGGGAGGAGGGGGGGAAAGUGGUGUCCGGGUAUGAAGCCCAGGUGAGGGAACAGGCCAGGGUGGCUGCCAGCGAGGCAACAAGGGCCACCAUGGUGAGACAGCGGGUGGAGGCGUCCCUGGGGCUGCUGGAGCGCUUGGUGGCUGCGUGUGACGAAGCCACCGCGUUCCCCCGGGAGAUGCAGUGCCUGCUCAGGGAUAUCGAGGCCGCCAUGAAGCAGACAAAUUUGGCAUCCCCCGAUGUUCCCGAGGCCUUGGUGGCCAAGGUGUCUGAGGCUGAGCAGCUGUGGGAGGCCAACGCCCACCUGGCCAAGGAUCACCUGCUGGGGGCAGUUCCAGAUGCCAUCAAGUUCUUGUUCACUGGUGCUCCCACCAGCCCCAGCGCCUGUGGGGUGGCCGAGCGGGGCCAAAGAGCCGCUGAGGACAUCCCAAGGCUCCUUCAACCUCCACAGCAUUCCCAGAGCAUCCCCAGGGUGUCCCCACUGAACAUGGAGCUCCAAGAGGUGUCGCCUCCCCAGCUGCUGGAGGCUCUGGUGUAAGUGGUGGCCACCGUGGGCGAGGUGGCGGCCACUCUGACCGGGCCACACCGGGGCGUGCGGCGCUGUGUGCCCCCAAAGUCCCUGCAUGCAGCCCUGAGGAU